AUGGUUGACAUAAUUGAUCUUACAGAUGCACCUCCAUCACCACCUAGGUCAUCUAAUACAACAAAAGUUCUCAAAUUUGCUGAUAUUUCUGUUAAAAAAUAUCAAUUUAAGAAAAAUCCUAUAUCCUCAAGGGCUUGUGCAAAAUCCAACUCACAUCGCUGUAGCCAGCAACAAACUACUCCAUGUUCAUCCUUGAAAUAUACCUAUGAGCCAUCUCAUAUUGCUUCUAGGUUUCAACUAGGCGUUCAUGAUGAAAGGAUUGCUACUGUACCUGCACCUGUACCUGAAUCAAACACAUACCUAUUUCCUCAAGGAGCUAGGCUCAAUGAGCUUUGGAGUCAAACAGAGCAUGAGUUAUUUCUAAGGGGAAUCAUCAAGUAUGGAAGAGGGCAUUGGAGUGAAAUUGCUAAACACUUUUUACCGAACAAAACAGCACAAGAAAUUCAAAGUUAUGCUACUAGCUUCUUCACAAACCUACCAUCCGCACAUCAUGAGGACUAUUGUACAAGGAAACAAACCUUCUUUACAAAUAGCCUCAUGCCUAGAGACAAGAUGAGUGCAUCUCCCUCUAAUUCCAUGCCUAUGAUUGAUAAUAAGUCUCAACAAACUCUCAUGCUUUUUCCAGAGGAAGAUUCUUUCUUAUUGGUCCUGUCAAAUGGAGAAGCUAGUAGCAACACUAAGACCGACAUGUAUGGGUCCCAAAUGCAGACAGGUGGUGAAAACACUUCUAUGAAUGCUAGUGUUAUUGGAGAAGUUGAUUUAGAGUUGCGCUUAGGUAGAUGCAAGUGA